AUGCUGUUGAGCGACGACAGCCAAAGGUAUCCUCGCAAGAUCCAAAGAUUAUUUGCUCCUAGACUACCGUUUCCUUAUAAAAAGCCCAUUGACUAUCCGCCUGAAGAGCGUCGAACAACAACUAUCUCCCCCAUCUCUCUGUGGAAGAGCGAGAUAGAGAAGUAUAAAACAGAGCAUCCUCCAAAACCAGCUGAUGAACAGCUUCAAAAAUCAAAGAAACAAGUUCAUGAAGAGUCUCAGAAGAGGCAACUAAUUGCUUGGAACGACACAGAGCUGUUUUCUAAGAAUGAGUUCCUCAAGGACCCUUACAGAACUGUCUUCAUUGCACGUCUUCUAUAUACAUUGACUGAACUAGAAAUUUCCAAGCUAUUUAACCAAUUUGGCGGGAUAGAGUCUGUUCGUGUGAUAAGAGAUUCCAGCACGGGCCAGUCCAGGGGAUAUGGCUUUAUCGUGUUUGAGCGUGAACAAGACGCUAAGAAUUGCAUAAGAGAUUUGGCACCCACGGGUUUGCCUGUCGAAAACUCAUCACUGAGCCUUAAACCUCGUAAAAUAUUGGUUGAUAUGGAACGUGGACGUCUUGUGAGAAACUGGCGUCCCAGACGCAUUGGUGGUGGUUUGGGUGGUCGUCAUUAUACACUGGUAACUGCUCUGCAAAAUAGAGAUGCUUCAGCAGCGGCUUCCGGUAGAAGAACAAACUUAUCUUCAAACCCAUAUCAGCAACCCCAGAGUCUGAGUUAUGGCAGGUUCAACAAAAGACCUGCUACAGAUCGUCUCUCUGGUCCAGCGAAAAGGUAUGCACCUUCUCCAGGUCGCCUGGGACCAGCAUACGGCGGUACAACUGCAGCAGCAUCACCAAUGCCAGCAACUCUGUCAAAUGAUAGAACGCCUCAGUCAAUUCGUGACAAAUACGCUAAGUACCUGAGACCAAGCGAUGGAGGCACAAGUCGAGACUCUGGGUCCUCAGACUCGAGAUCCAUCAGGUCCAUACGGCGAAACUGA